GCCGCCGGUAGGCAAGAGGAGUAUGUCGGCCCCGUUUGAGGAGCGCAGUGGGGUGGUUCCUUGCGGGACACCGUGGGGUCAGUGGUACCAGACUCUGGAGGAGGUGUUCAUUGAAGUUCAAGUGCCACCGGGCACCCGUGCCCAGGAUAUCCAGUGCUGCCUGCAGAGCCGGCAUGUGGCGCUGGCCGUGGGUGGUCGCGAGAUUCUCAAGGGCAAACUCUUUGAUUCUACAAUCGCUGAUGAAGGCACAUGGACAUUGGAGGACAGAAAGAUGGUCCGAAUUGUUCUUACAAAGACAAAAAGAGAUGCAGCAAAUUGCUGGACUUCUCUUCUAGAAUCUGAAUAUGCAGCUGAUCCUUGGGUCCAAGACCAAAUGCAGAGAAAACUGACAUUGGAGAGAUUCCAGAAAGAAAAUCCUGGUUUUGAUUUCAGUGGAGCAGAAAUCUCAGGAAACUACUCCAAGGGUGGACCAGAUUUCUCAAAUCUUGAGAAAUAACUGCUAUGUGUGUUUUUAUUUUCUGCAUUCCAUGGAUCCUUGCAGAUGUUGCCAACCUAAUCAAAGAAACAGAUUAUGUUGCCAACCUAAUCAAAGAAACCGUUCAUCCAUAGAAGAACUACGGACGCCUACUUAAGAAACCUCAAAGUACAUUUCAAAAGUUUUAAAUAUUGCACUCAAAUAUGAUUUUUAUAGGAAACGUCUAAACAAUGAGAAUCCUUCUGUGGAUAAUAGCCUUUUCCCCUUGAUUUUGCUUAGAACGGAGUUUUAUAUGUUGCAUUUUACUAAUUUCAUAUUUGACUUUUUUAAUAUAAAAAACAUCAGAAAACAUGCAGAUAUAGAUGACAAAAUGGCAGGGUUCUUUCAGAAAACAAGCUUUUGCUUAGAUUAAGUGUGGUGCAGUAAUAAUAUUCAAUAAACUUUUUUUUUUUGAAUAAACUU